AGGGAGCAGGGCGGCAGGGCAGCAGGCAGUCUACGGGGAUCAAGCAGCUCGACAGCGUCGAGAGGCAAAGGAGAGAGGAGAAACCGACGCUCUCCUCCACUGGUUCCCGCUCCCCGCGCUCUUUCGCGUGACUCUUUCUCAUUUUCGCCUCCCUCUCGCUUCUCUCCCUCGAUGUUUUUUUUCUUUCGAGUUCCGCUAGGUUUGUCUGCGAACUUGAGAGCCGCGUCCGCCGUCCGCCAUACUGUCGGCGGCCACCGACGUCUGCGGUGUGGUGCUCCCUGUUGUCGGCUGGGGACUGCUAGCCUUCGCGCGCUCGGUGAUCGUUGGUGCGUGCCUCGAUUGCGAGACCGGAUUACGUCUUCUGGGGAACGAGCGAGCAGCUGACUCUCCCCCCCUUCCCCCGCUAUCGACUGUCAACAUCGAGUCGUCAGCUGUUGUUUUCCUGCGUCGGUUUUCUCGUUGGUGCGCCUGGUUGUUCACCUGGAUCGUCUGUGUUACUAGUACUGCCCCGCCCCCUUUCGUGUGGAUUGAUCGGUUCCUGUCUUGGGACGACUCAGACUUCGCCUGCUGCGCGUCAGGAAUCCUCAAACACGUCACGGUCUCGAUGGCCGGCAGCCCCAGCUCGAGAUGAGGAUCGCGGUAGAUGAGGCGAUGGGGAGCCGGACGACCUGGUGCGGCCGUCGCCCGGGCAACUGACCGACGCCCCGCGCACUCCGCAACGGAGCCAUGGCCGCCACGUCUUCGUUGCCCAGGCUCCGAUUCCCGCUUGUACGGCACGCGCCCCAGCUGGCGCUGCUCUGGUGGGCCCUGCUUUGCACCGCAGGACCUGCGACAUCGGCCUACGUCACGGUCUCGGAAAAGGAUUUAGACGGCAAGAUGGAACGGUUCAGUCACGGAGACACCGCACACUUCACGAAACUCCUGUUCGACAUCAACAGGUACCAGCUUAUCGUAGGAGCACGGGAUCACUUGUUUCGCCUGAGUUUAGAAGGGUUCAAGAAGUUGGAAGAAGUAAACGUACAAGCUCCGAAUACUGCUGUCAAGAUAUGUCGAUUAAAAGGACGGUCGGAGGAGGACUGCAGAAACUACUUCAAGGUGCUCCUGUCCCACAAUGGCCAACUGUUCAGCUGUGGGACAAAUGCAUUUGCACCCAAGUGUACGUGGAGAGAUAUCAAUUCCCUGGUGAACGUGAUUCAGCAGGUGGACGGAGUGGGCUAUGCUCCAUACAGCCCACACUCCAACAGCAGCGAACUGAUGACGGUGCAGGGGGACUACUACGUGGCUGCUCCGCUCGAUUUCUCCGCCAGGGACUACGCGCUGUACCGCGGCAUGGGCAAGGGCCGCUCUCUGCGGACGCCAACCUUUGACCACAAGUGGCUAAGCGAACCAAGCUUUGUGGGGUCCUUCGAGAUUGGAGAGUUUGUCUACGUCUUCUACCGGGAGUCUGCGGUGGAAUUUAUGAACUGCGGAAAAGCGGUGUACUCCCGGGUUGCCAGGGUGUGCAAGAACGACCAGGGCGGCAGGCUGAGCCUGAAAGACAACUGGACCACCUUCCUCAAGGCUCGACUCAACUGCUCCCUGCCGGGGCUCUUUCCCUUCUACUACAACGAGAUACAGAGCGUGCACUACUUGGAGGACGAGGAGCUCUUCUACGCCACAUUCACGACGGGAGAGAACAGCAUUUAUGGGUCUGCAAUCUGCGCCUUCAACAUGUCCGCCAUCAGACGAGCGUUUGACGGGCCACUGAAGUUCCAAGCAAAUUCCAAAGCCGCAUGGGAACGUUCACUGACAUCUGGCAAGCAAUUUCAGUGCGAUAAACCGCGAGAUGACACCCAAGUGCUGGAGGCACGGAACUACCAGCUGACCGAUGAUGCUGUCCAGGCAGCAAGCCCCCGCCCUUUCUACACCGGGGAGCUGGAGAGGCUGACGCACAUCACGGUCGACGUGGUGCCCACCAAAUACAACCACGAUGGCGUCCACGUGAUCUUCGCUGCUACUCUGGAGGGGACCAUCAAGAAGCUGAUGGUAGUGCCGAGGGUGCUCGAAACAUGCCUCAUAGAGGAACUGACCCCGUUCCCGCCCAGGACUCGCCACAUCUACACCAUGAAGCUUCUCAAGGACACUAGCUCGCUGUACCUUGGAACGGAUAAAGAGGUCCUGCGAAUCAUUCUUCACCGGUGUGAACAGUACAGAACAGAGGAGUCCUGCCUAGGAUCCAUGGAUCCUUACUGUGGGUGGAACAAGCACCAGCUGUCUUGUACCACUGCCCCACAGCGCAAUCCACUCAGCACAGUCUGGAAGCAGGACCAGACAGCGUGUCCAGAAAGCAAUGUUCCUGUGGAUGGAGGUUGGAGUGGCUGGAACAGCUGGCAGGAGUGCGACCAGGUUGGCAAAGACCCAAUGGGAGACCGCUGCCUGUGCCGCUCCAGAGCGUGCGACAGCCCAGCGCCGCUCAACGGUGGGAAGCCCUGCGAGGGAUCUUCACUGGAAGUCACCAACUGCACACAGAAUGGGCAAUGGACAGAGUGGUCUGCCUGGUCGGCCUGCUCCCAGAGCUGCGGCAUAGCAGUCAAGUCCCGCCGCAGGACGUGCAGCAACCCCAAGCCCAAGCACGGAGGCCGAGUCUGCCUGGGGCCCGAGCAGGAGCAGAUCUACUGCAGCUCCAACCCACCCUGUCCCGUACCGACCACCCCGGCAGUGACGCGACAGAGCAGCUGGUCCGAGUGGGGUGCGUGGAGCGAGUGCAGCGCCCAGUGCGGGGGUGGGUUCCAGUGGCGCCGGCGACAGUGCCACUCGCCCAAGGGCCGGGACGGCUGCGGGGGUGGCUGUGAGAGCGACUACCGGGCCUGCAACACCCAUGCCUGCUCGGAGAAGCGCCGCUCAUCCAACUGGACCAGCUGGAUGCGGGUGAAUGCCACCCGGGAGGGCCACUUCGAGCAGCGCUUCCGCUUCACUUGCCGUGCCAAUGUGGCAGACGACAACCUGUUGCACAUGGGCAGCAUCAAGAAGGAGGAGCGCUACUGCCACGAGACAUCCAAGAGCUGCAUGGACGCCGCGUACCUGAGCAACAUCGAUGGUGACUGGUCAGAGUGGGGAGAAUGGUCCCAGUGCUCGGUACCCUGUGGGGGUGGCGUCCAGCUCCGUGAGCGGCUGUGCGACAGCCCCAGACCCUCCGGCAAAGGCGCCGAAUGCCAGGGCCCCUCUAGAGAGCAGCGAGACUGCAACAUCCAUGAAUGCCACAGUCCCCCUACCGCGGAGGAUGAAGAGUGGACUGAGUGGUCCGUGUGGUCGCUGUGCGACCACAACAACGAGCAGCACAGGCGCAGGACCUGCACCGUUUUGGAUCCCAGCCCCGAGCAGUGCAGAGGGUCCACCCGUGAGAGCCGCAUGUGCAUCGCCGGCCAGGACAGCAUUGCCAGCGUGCCCCGGAUGCAGGAGACGCGCGAGAUCUCCACGGGUAUCAGGGUGGAGCACCUGGUGGGUGCCUGCAUCGCCUGCUUGGCCCUGGGGGCCCUGGUGGGGGCACUGGGGACUUACCGCUACGCCAAGCGGAGGGGGGGCCGAGGGGCCGGCGGCAUUCCCAAGCACCUGGGCACGCCCCUGGUGCAGGCCGAGGGGAACACCUACGUUCCCCCGUCCCAGUUCAAGAACAACUUCUCCACGCUCACGAGCACCACAUCACCCAGCAAGUUGCAGCGAGAAGCCACCAUCAAGAGGAAUGGCUUCAGGGCGCAGCUGCAACUGGACCAAAACUUCUAAGUGCCUCGCGUACCGGCAUCGGACGCAAUAUGCGGCGCGGGACGACGGUGCUUUUCCAGCGUGCACUGCCGGAAGCCGGUUUAAAACAUGGAACGUUUUGAACUGGAGUGAAACAAAGAAGCCUGCCUGUGGUACGCGGUGAAGCGUUGACACGGUUAUGUUGGUAGAACAUCAUUAAUGAUUUUACGAGACACGAGCCAGCAGAAUGGAAUGCCACCUCGAAGAUGGAAGAAAGUCCAGCUCACCGACUUUGUGGUGCUUCCGACUUUAUACUCCGGCGGAGGUGAAAGAGGCGUUGAAUCAGCGGGACAGAUAGUUUUAGCUUCUUUCGUGCAUGUGUGUGUGUGUGUGUGUGCGUGUGUGCGCAUUUCUUAAGAGCAGCUAGGAGUGAAGAUUAUCCACAUGAAAGGACAGGAGAUGAAUUAAGGGUAAAGACAAUUGCGUUCACUGGACUGGCGAAAUCAUUCGGAGGUGUCAAAUGAAUUGGCCAAGCAUCGAUGUGUGUGCAUACAUAUGUUUAUCCAGCUGCAGGUUUGAAUGUGGUAAGACCCAAUAGUGCCUGGAUAUUCUUCCAUUUCUACAUAUGUAUAGUGUGAAAUGGUGCUGCAUACUUCGAACAGAAUGUGUCUUUUGGACUGCCAUGAACAGCCAGUGGGUGAAUGUGAAGCAGCAGUAGCAAGAUUCAAUGUACAAAGAGAGUGAGAGAUAGAGAGAGAGACAGACUUAUUUUGGAAGUGUAAGCCACACUAAGUCAGCCGGCAGUGUGAAAUGUGAAAUAUACAUGUUUUGAUUGCCAGUCUGAGAAGAUGGGACCAAACACUAAGAUCAAGAAGCACUGCCAAGAUGUGCAUUUAUGAACAAAAUGAUGUGUAUUUGCAAUUCUGACCUCCCCCACCUUGUCCUUACGAGAGAUUUAAAAAAGACAAGUUUGGAAAUAGAUGUUUGUUUUGAAAGUUAAUACCCACCUCUCUUGGACGUAAUCGUUCUGGAAAGAUGAAUAAGGGGUGCUAAGAUUCGGGUAAAUGUGGUGACUAAGGUAUGUCGUGUUUCUAUGGGUGAUAAUCGAUCCGACUAACAAAUCGUUGUGUUCGUGGUACAGCUUCAAAUCAUUAGGGGUGUGCGAAUAGUGGUUCGAAUCGAAUAGCACAACGUCAUUUAUAGUCUUUGCGGUGCAAAGGAAAGCCGAUGCAACCUGCUCUCUUUGCGCUGUUGAUGGUAGGGAUGACACUGUGCUAUUCGAUUCGAACCACUAUUCACACACCCCUACAAAUCAUGUCCGUAAUGUUGCAUAACCGUGGUGGUUUCAUUCCAUUGUCUGUCAUUUGUUUCCUAGCCGACUACAGCGCUAUACUUGCGAAAAUCCAUUGAAGUAAUUGAUAAUGCAGUUCAAAUUCACAAUGCAAGUCGGUAAUAAGUCAAACUCCAUCUGAUCACCAGGUUAGGUAUAUAUGUACUGUCAAUGACAUCGCUAGUUAGGCAGGCUUUUAGAAUGCUGAAGCUACUGUACUUUUUCCUUGCUUAUUUUAUAUGGGGUUUGUAGAUAGAGUAACCUGGAUGCGACCUACUGAACAAAGUUUCUGUAUAUAGAAGGCUGUAAAUAUUCAGUGUAAAUCUGUCCUUGACUGUACAGACCUCGCUCAGUGCAAGCAAAGUAAAUGGAUGUGGGAGAGACAAACAAAUGACAGUUUACUCAUUCAAAGUGCCAAAAAGAAAGUUGCCUAUUUUUGUAUUCUUUCUUUAAUCUUUCUUCCAAAUAAUGCCUUUUGGCUAAUGAAGGAAUAAUUUGAUAAAAAAUAUAUGUUAGUGCACCAUACAUUUACACCUGAGCCACUAGCUCACCUGCAUCUUUUCUCGGUCAUAGUGCAUUCUGCAUUUGUUUUAAAACUUUAUCACAAAGUAACGAGUUUAGACUAGAACGAAAUCUUUGUAAAGUGAAUUUAGAUCACGGAGGCUGUGAACCCCCAGAAAUUGCAGCCCGAUGGAAGUGCGUGCCGAAUUCUGUUAUAUAAAGCAUAAACUUUUCUCAGAGAAAGAUAAGUCACAAUAUAUGUUUUCAUAAAGUAUCAUAAGGAACCCUUCCUGAAUGUUUUCAGACAUUUUAUGCUGAACCAUAACUUCAAGACUGUUACACAAGAUGCACGAUGUCAUCGUCGACUGCCCUUUGAAAUAUGUUCAAAUUGUAGUUCGAUUUGUUUUGUUUUUUUGUUUUUUUACUAUUGUGAGUGUGCCUUAAUAAAGUAUAGUGAAGACAAUGGUUC